ACGGAUUGCUUCAAGUCUUAGCUCUUAUCAAAGAGAUUGAUCAACCGCUUAUGUUAGCAAUUCGACUUAGUACGGCUGCUUGCUCAAGUAAACAGAUUGAAUUUAUUUUGGGCAUACGAUCAACAAUUUCGGCAUUAAUUUGGAGUGAUGAAAUGGAUUUAAUUAAUGAUUGGUAUGAGAUAAUUAAUCUUCGAUCAGGCGCUUAUUCUAGACGUUUAGUAUUUGAUUUACAUGCUAAACAUCGAAGUGUCUUGAAAAUACUUCCAUAUUCCAUUGUUAUGAGUAAAUCGGGAUUUAAUCGAAACCACUGGAAUUUGAUAGAAUUUCCAUCCGUUUUUACUGAGUCAUCUGGAGCUAUAGUAAGCGAUAAAGGUAUUGCAUUCCUCGGUUGGCCAACAGCAUUUCUGAUCUCAUUGAUACAACCAUCCGUAUUUCCGGAUAUUCAAAGGAUCACUGCUAAGCUAAUAUUUGUAAAAAAGAAACAAAAUAUCAAUGAUGAUUGGUUAAAGCAUAGCGGUUUCGUAGUAUAUCUGUUGGAGAAAGUACUUGAUCUUCAAUCACCUGAGAUUACUACCGGUAUAAAGAUAUUCGUUGGUUAUAAUGGUCGUUUAUCGAUCGAGAAUCGAGGGAAGCGGUAUAAUUAUCACAAUAUGAAAGCAGUAGGACAAGUGCGCCACGAUAAAAGCUGUUACAAUAUCGAACUUUUGGACAGAGGAUGGCAAGUAGAGCUUACUGUUGGAGGAAGUAAUUGUGAAGACGAAAAGUUGACAAAUCCAACAAAAAUUACUUUAGAAACGUCGUUAACAAAGUAA